CAGCGGCGGAUUAUUGGCUGCCUGGCACAAUUUCCUUGCCCUUGACCGACAACGGCAUACCGCAGUUCGGCGGUAUACCUCGCGCUUGGUGGACGUUCUGUGAGUCGUUUUAAAAUCGAUCACCCAAUUGGAUUUUUCGCGCUUUUUUAAAAUAAAAUGGCGCCAAUAGACACAUCGAAGAAGCCGAUCGUAUGGGUCCUGGGUGGUCCCGGUUCGGGGAAAGGCACGCAAUGCGAGAAGAUCAUUGCCAAGUACGGGUUUACCCACCUGUCCACCGGAGACUUGCUCAGAGCGGAGGUGAAGAGCGGUUCCGAGAGGGCGAAAUGCCUUACUGCUAUCAUGGAGCGGGGUGAACUGGUCCCAAAUGAAAUCGUGUUGGACCUGCUGAAAGAGGCGAUCCUGGCGCGCGCCGACCAGUCGAAGGGCUUCCUAAUCGACGGGUACCCGCGCGAGAAGUCGCAGGGUAUCGCCUUCGAACAAGCUAUUGCGCCAGUUACUGUGAUAAUCUACUUCGAAGCCUCAUCAGAGACUUUGACGAAGCGACUGCUGGGCCGUGCCGAGAGCUCGGGCCGCGCUGACGACAACGAGGAAACCAUCAAACUGAGGCUGAAGACCUUCCUCGACAACAACGACCUCGUGCUCGCGCAGUAUCCCGAGAAGCUCAGGAGGAUAAACGCAGAGGAAUCAGUUGACGUGAUCUUCGGAGAAGUACAAAAGAUCCUGGAUCCACUGGUAGUCAACUGAGCAAUGCACACCCAGUACCUAAUCUACAGAUAGACAAUGUGUACAUAUAUUUAUAAUUAAUUUUAAUAACUUAUUGAUUAAAUAAUUAAUGUUUUUAUUUUA